GCCCCCUUGAGGUAGUGCAAGCCCAACAUCGGUUAACCCCAUCAAUCAUUUGCUCCAUUUCUCACAAUGCUUCUAUUGGCCUGGUAGCCACCCAUGCUUCUUCUCAGGAUAAUCUACACCCACUCAAUCCCAGGCACUAAUAAUGAUGCGUAAAAUUGUCAGAAUAUUGCUUGAGGUCUUAAAAGGUUAAAAUUUGACUAUUAUUUUGUUUCCCUUUCUCUUAUUCAAAACAAUACACAAGUCUUUCAUCAAAUUCCAAUGGCUGGCCUAAAAAUUGUGAUAAAUCCCAGCGAUACUCAUACCGGUGUAGAGUAGGUAACGCACCAACCAAGCAGUGGGUUGUUGUUAAUACAGAUUCUCUAGUGUCGUAGCUGUACACGGAUUCAACGGUAAUGAGAAAGACACAUGGGAAUCGGAUGGUGGCCGUAAUCACAGUGCACUGGCUGAAAGAUGGUUCUUUUACUUCCAAACUCCGAGGAUUUGCACCUAUGGCUACGACAUUGCAAGUGAUAGCUCCAAUUUUUUCGUCCGCCAAGGUCUUCGAGACGAGGCUAUAAGAUUGCUCAGUGCUUUGACGAAAUUAAGAAGCGACGGUUCAAAGGUAGGAGUUGAUUCAAGCACUUCAUGCCAAUUCCAUAUCUUAACUUUUUACAAGGGCCGUAAUAUUGUGUUCGUCGGUCAUGAUGUUGGCGGAAUACUCGUCAAAGAGGUAAUCAAUAUUUUCAAAUCGAUAAUAGACACAAAACGCUUACUAGCUUGAAUAAGGCUCUUAUCAUAGCAUCUUCAAGUAGCAAUAUAUUUCUUGAUAUAUAUCAAAAAACGCGGGGAUUGGUUUGUGCCCAAAAACUCUAAUAGCUUCAGAAAAACGAGUGCAAAAUAUAUGUUGACAAUAGUGAUAGUUAUUUUUCUCUUGCCCCCAUCAGAUAGACUCUGGUUCUGUUACCUCUCGUAAUAGCUUUAGGAGACUCUUUGAACAGAAAAAGAAUGCCAGCUUCACAUUGACAGAAGAGUUCAUCCAUGCAAUGGCCUGUCUGGUCGAAGAUGUCAAUGUACAGUUCUUGGAUACUGGACUGCAAUAUCGAGUAGCGCUGGCGAAUGUGUCUUCUGUUUCUAAGCAACCCAAAGAAUCAGUAAGUGUGCGAAUGCACCAUAGCCACUAGCCUACUGAUUAAAUUCGUGAAAAUAGAUAUUCUCAGUGAACGAAACGACUUUAGCUGUGCCAAAUACGACCACACGACGAAGCAACGUGGUCAGUGAGACUUCUCACAUCAGAAUUGCACAAGAGCCUCUUCCCAUACCUUUAGAUAUUCGUUGGGAUGAAAUGGUGGAAUUUGCCGCGAAUAAUGGUGCGUUCUCUUUACUGGCAUCAUCAUGCAUCCACGCUCUGUCAGCGUAUCGUAAUUCAAAAGCAAGAUCUGACGACCGUGUAUAGAUUUCCCUAUGGAAAAGUUGAUGCUCUCCCAUACGAGCAUCAUUGACCUGCAGUUGUGCAAGCCUACUAGCCUCACCAAUUUGGAAGAUGAAAUUUUCCAGAAUGAUAAAUACCUCAAUUGGAUGAAAAGAUCAGGAAUGGCGCUAUUGACAAUCCAGUGCUUAGAAGACACUGAAAGAAUGUCAGCAGCCAUCGCCAGAAAUUUAGACCGACUUGGAGACAGGAGAUCGACUUUAGCAUGUAAAUACACUGGCAACAUCCACGCAUCUAAUUGGAUUAGCCGUCUUUUGUUCACUUCUUCAAUUUUUUUGGAAGACAACGAGUAUGUCAAGGAGGCUUUAAGUGAGUUUUGGAUUCGAAUUAGACAUUUUUCAGGACCCAGUCCACAGGACAUGGUUCAUCUCUGGCGCGAAAUCUUGUUAUCUUAUAAUGGUAAUAUUUUUUGGGUGCUUCAGGAUGUUGAUUCAGACGUAGGAGCACUCCGAGAGCUGUUUGAUUGGCUUGGGCUUUUGGGAGCUUCUUCUGAGGCAAGACUUAAAGUAAUCAUUGUAACCCGAAGUCAGGUAACAAUUCAGGUUGAUGCUCUUCCUUCUGAGAUAAUCAUGAUCAAAGAGGGGCAGAAUUCUUCCCAACUAACUGAGAAUUUACAUCUCCAAAGAGCUCAAUGUGAGCCAGAAUUACACGGUCCUGAAAUCACGAGCUUGGCUAAAUGGGGUGACCCCGAAUCGUCCAUUUCUGGAAAGGAAAAUUUAAUACUGUUUGAUGAAGAUACUGAGGUACUGAAACUAGUGUUACAACGACCGCAACUCUAUACUUGUCAGUCUAUCAUUAGGCAACGGUUGAGUCAAUAUCAGGACCCAGCCGUCCGCAAAGCUAAUCUACACUGGCUGUGCUCCCUUGAUUCGAAGCUGGCGUCAUCUGAAAUACAAAGACUAGUCUCAAACAGCUUUUUAUUGAGCCCGAAGGAAAAUCCAAAAGCAACUUUCAAGCGAAUAAUGGACAGCUUGAAAUUCAAGGACAUGGCGGUCCGAGUUCUCGAACUUCUGCUACAUUCAUUUCGGUCUCUGACACCUGGCGAGCUGACAGACGUCAUAAUCAGCGGAUCUGUCCGCGAGGAAUUGGAGGCUACUUCAUGGACAGAUAUAUUGGGCGAAAGCGGACUUUUUCCUGUUGUAUUGGUGAUUUCACACGAUCGAGUCCAGUUUUCUCGCGAGUGCUUUCGCCAGCUCGCAUCCUCGCAUAUAUAUGAUGCACAUAUAGACCACCUGGACGAACGAACAACAGCUCAAGCGCAUUCUCGAAUUGCAAUAAUGUGUGUUGAGCAUAUCCGCUCGGCUCAUAGCAGCAAGUUGAAUGAGGGUAGAAGAGUGAAGAGAGGUCAACAUCUCCAGCGACACACUGAAUUUCUAUCGUAUGCUGCCAGAUACUGGCCGAAUCAUAGCGAGUUGGCGGGGAACUCAAUCUUACCAGAAAUAGAACCAUUCAAAGGUCUUGUAGAGCAGCAUGAAUUGCUUGAAUAUUGGGUCAAUGCGUAUGGAGACAACCUGGAGCCCCAAGAAGUAAGGCCGGACAACGUAUCGCUCGUUAGUCCUCUGUCAAUAUUUGCAGAGCAUGGAUUGGAGCACAUGUUGAGAGGGAUUAUAUCAUAUUGCCGAAGCAUGCCCGAUUUCCCGAAGAAGUGUCUAUUUGCUCUCGAAUUGGCCGCUAGGAAUGGCCACAUUCAGGUCAUUCAGAAAUUGUUGGCGUUGAAUCUCGACGAAUACACUACAUUCGAUACAGCUAUUUUCCUAUCGAUUGGCUGGCAGAAUACAGAUGCAGCUAUUGCCCUCAUAAAAGAUGUGUACAACGCGCCAGGACGGCUUAUAAACUCAUCGAGGGUGCUUAGUCGGGCUAUAUUGAUGGGGAUGAGUGAAGUCGUCGCCUUACUUAUUUCUCUCAUGGCGGAUAAUGAUCAACAUUAUGAAGGUAUUGAUCUUUUUGAGAUGGCGGGCAUUUCUGGACGGGUUGAGAUUGUAAAAAUCCUGAUUGAGAGGAGAUCAGAGCUUCAGCUCAUGGACGAACAAGACCGAGAUAUGGUUACAUGUUUUCAGCAGGCCCUUCAACAUGGCCAUCACGAGCUUUUACAAUACCUGAUUAAUUCCAAGUUCAGACACUUGAUCACACCUCGCAAACCCCAACAGUCAAAGAACGAAAAUGAGCAAGACACCAAGUCAAGACAUGGUGACGAAAACAGUAAAGUCUUUCAAGACUUGAUGGUGAGAGCUGCUAGGCUUGGGCAAUUUAAGAUUCUGGAAAGUCUGCUUAUGAUCGCUGAAGGCGAAGUCCAAGACGAUAGGGAUUUUCUGGUCGAACUCAUUGAUAUAUCGGUCUCCCAACGACGACAAAAAUGUUUCGAACUUUUGAACCAAGCUCUCUCAAAGCUAAACCAAGCAGACGAAAGCGAAUACAAAUAUGGAAUUGAUACCUUCAAACUGAUGAAAAUAGCAAUUCGGAAUGGCGACACUACUAUGUUUCAGACAAUGCUGUCUCUCCGCUGGCCGUUUCGUGGGUUAAGCCCCGACGUGCUCUUCGAAAUUCGAAUAGAAAAUAUGGAAGAGAAUGAUGAUUCGCUGGAUUUCCUCAAGCUUCUUCUCGAGAAGGGCACAGAGGUCUUUGGCCCUCAGAUUCUAGGAGAUGCUCUUGAAAACGCCAUUGGCCUAGCCAUUUCGAAGGGUCGCGAGACAGUGGCGCAAUGGCUAAUCAAAAGCAUAAUUGGUCUUGAUUUAGCGCCUGCGUUUAAUAGUCCUAAAUUCCUAUCACGAACACCCCUCUUCCGCGCCGCCUAUUAUGGGAAAUUAGGCCUAGCGAAACUGAUUCUUGAACAAACUAAAGCAAAUCCAAAUGCCACUUCGGGUGAUCCAAGAGAGUGGAAAGCACUCCACGCCGCAUAUGAUUCUGUGGAAAUGACCAGGCUAUUGAUUGCCUUCAAAGCAGACAUCAAUCAAAAAGAUCUGGAUGGCAAAACCCCACUUUUCUUGGCUAUGGAGCAAGGCUUCUUUGACACCGCGAAAGAGCUGUUGAAGCACAAGCCCGAGUUGAACAUUUUAGUUGAAGGAGAUACCGAGCUCUCGCUAGCCCUUAAAUUAUCAGCAGACCAAGAUGGUGAUAUUUUCAAUACGCUUCUCGAUGCAGGUGCAGAUCCUUUUCUUCAUAGCAAGGCAACUGUGGACCAUCCAUUACUGCACUCGUGCGUAAGAUUGUCUAAAUUAGCGGCCCUGAAAGCACUUUUGCUGCUCAACUUCUCAUUAGAAGAUGAUGAAACAAAAGAAACGGCACUCAAUUCUAUUAGUAGCGCUACAGAAGCAUCAGUCAUAAAUCUCCUUGUUAAACGGGGAGCCUCUAUACUUACUAGAAACAAGGAAGGAUUCACGCCUUUAGCGAUUGCGGUCAAAGAGGGCAAUAUCGAAGUAACAAAAUGCCUACUAUCCCUCGGCGCAAACAUUGAUGAUCCUACCAAUAAUUGCGACACCCCGAUUCGUAUAUCAUGCCGUUAUUGUAAUUUAGACAUGGUCAAACUACUGCUGGAAAAGGGUGCCAAUGUCAACGAAGCGACCGAUAGUAUCUUAGGAACACCGUUCCAGGCCACCUUGUUGCGUGAGACAAAAGAUCCUACUAUCAUCAAAUGUCUCCUUGAGCAUGAGCAAUUCGAUCCCAACGGGAAGAGCUCAUGGUGGGGUUGUAAUCUUAACUUGGGCUGUCUCUUGGCGGAUGUAGAAGUCAUUGAUAAAUUGCUUGAGCUUAAAGCUGCAGUGGAAGUUGAGGAUCAUAUGGGUCGAUCUCCUAUCCACUUUGCGCUUUACCGCACAGUUGAGCACAUAGAAAGAAUCAGUAAAGCUUGUAGUAAGGAUGUUGAUCUCCUUGCUGCUAAAGAUCGUAUGGGACGGAAUGCACUCCACUUCGCGGUGGUAAGUGGUAGGUUGAAUGUUGUCCAGUACGUCCUGAAGGACCACAAAGACUUCGUGAAAGAAGCUGAUAUCGACGGCUGGACACCACUGCUUUGGGCUAUCAGAGAUUGUGGCUUAUGGGAUACGGAAAGUGACCAGAAAGUUGCGAUUAUUGAAGAGCUUAUUAAACAAGGCGCCGAUCUUUCUGUCAAAGGAAAAGGCUUAUAUCGAGACUGGACUCCACGCAAGCUUGCGAAAUAUUAUGGUUUGGGCGAUGAGAUGGAUAAAUUAUUGACAUCUAGUGCGGCUAAUUCGCUUGACGAAGGAGAGCAUGGAAUUAUAAAGGGACAGAAGGUGGAUAGUGCGUAUUGCGACGCGUGCCUAAUGGCAAGUACCCAUCUCUUGCUAUUGUUGCUUUUCAGACCAAUGGUCACUAACCUUUCGAGCUUUCAAUUAUGUAGAUUAUAGUGGAUUUGUUCUUUCAAUGCGAGGUUUGUCCCGAAUUUUGCCUCUGCUUCAAGUGUUUCCGAUCAAAAACUGAGAUUCAUAACUACAACCAUGAAUUUGUCGAAAACCGGUGGGCUGAGGAAGACUUCGACGAGUCAGAUCCCGCAGAGGUACAAGACUCACUAUCUGAAAGCAUGACUGGCAGUUCUAGUGACGACGAAGAUGAAAUUUUAGAUAAUGGGGACGAAGCAAGGGAGGGCGUUGUAGAUGGUGACGAAAAUUUAGAGGAGCAAUACUAGAGUAUGUAGGCAUAGAUCGUGUGCGAAAAUUUGAUUAUACAUCUUAGCAGUGCACGGAUUAUAGGGAGGUGAGGAGAAGGGGGGACUUUUCCGGACAGAAAGUAUAUAUGGGCUGCGCUAGAGCUGAGAGUUGCUGUGAUCUCCUAGGGUCCUGUCAGUGCAUGUAUAUAUCUUGAAUGAUGCAUGCAGAGAGCAA